AGCGAAAGAGUGUAUGAGAGAGAGAAAGAGAGGGAGAGGCCGCUUUGCAGUUUGGCACCAGAUGAGUGUAAAAGAAAGAAGAGUGAGUGGAGAGAAAAAAAGACAUGCCCAGAAUGCUACCAGAGCUCCACAAAGAGGAAAAGUGGGACUAAGAGAGACAGAGAAGGAUGUGUUCAUGUUAAAAAAACGAGAGAAAAAGAAAGAAACAGAGCAAGAAUAGUGAGACACUACAAAACAAGACAGGAAGCAGGCGCUGUUCUUAAGACCCACGUCCCCCGAGCUCACCUUUUCCUGCAUCGUAAACCUUUUAGCUGCAGGAUUAAAGCUGCUUCAAAUGGUCUUUAAAACCCACAGAACACUGAGACACGUUAUAUGGACAAAAGCUGGUCCACACUUGACCAUAACAUUGGUGAGGUGAGGAUACCUGGGGUAUCAUCAACGUUUACAUUCAUACCAAAGCUGUUCAAGAACUCCACUUCGAUCCAUGUGCUGACGAGAUGAAUAGAAUUACCACACACACCUUCUGAACCACUUGCCUACAGCAUUAGUGUGUGAGAGAGUGUAAAAGAGUGUGUGAGUGUUUUGUGUAUGUGUGAAGGAUCCUAUUAGUGCCACCUACCAAAAGGUUGGUUCUCACACCUUAGACCCAGUGUGUGACAGAGGAAGAAGAAGGUGAAGAGAAGAGGAAGGAUGGCGGAACAGAAAGUCUGUCUCCCUGCUAAACUGAUCAAUGGGGGCGUGGCCGGGCUGGUGGGCGUUACCUGCGUGUUCCCCAUCGAUCUGGCGAAGACCCGCCUCCAGAAUCAGCAGGGUGCUCGAGUCUACAGCGGGAUGUUGGACUGUUUGACCAAGACGAUUAGGACAGAAGGCUACUUUGGGAUGUAUCGAGGUGCUGCAGUGAACCUCACCCUUGUAACUCCGGAGAAAGCGAUAAAACUCGCAGCCAAUGACGUCUUCAGACAAAAGCUCUCCAAGGACGGGAAGCUGGCAUUAUGGGGCGAGAUCCUUGCAGGCUGUGGGGCAGGAAUGUGUCAGGUGGUGGUCACAACCCCGAUGGAGAUGCUGAAAAUCCAGCUGCAGGACGCUGGAAGGUUGGCGGCACAGAGAUCCGUGUCAGCCUCUGCUCCUGCCUCAUCGCCGUCUCUGGCAUCUUCUCCCCACACUACAGUACGUCGCUCGGCCACUGCCAUCACGCUGGAGCUGCUGAGAACGCAGGGCCUCCGGGGCCUCUACAAGGGCACAGGGGCCACUCUACUCAGGGACGUGCCGUUCUCGAUGAUCUAUUUCCCGCUCUUUGCCAAAUUUAACGCGGUGGGUCGGAGCGGAGAUCUCCCUCACGAACGCGCUCCUUUCCUGCAGUCUUUCGCUUCGGGAUGCGCCGCCGGCUCGGUGGCGGCCGUGGCGGUCACUCCUCUGGAUGUCAUAAAGACUCGUCUUCAGACAUUGCAGAAGGGGGAGGGAGAAGAUUCCUACCGGGGCAUCAUUGACUGUACACGGCGCAUUCUGAGUCGCGAAGGGCCGGCUGCCUUCCUUAAAGGAGCGACGUGUCGAGCGCUGGUCAUCGCCCCGCUCUUUGGGAUCGCACAAGGCAUCUACUUCCUGGGUGUGGGUGAGCAGGUGAUGAAGCUGCUGGGAUCAUCUUAGUGAUCAAACACACAGUACUGUUUCAGUACGUGGACAGAGGACAGAGCACGUGACCUGGGGUUGGAGUGGUUAUUUGAGAAAGAUGUUAAUUUACGUAACCAAAAAAAUAAGAAAAAUUAAAGGGUUGUUAAUGAUAAUCGCACAACUCGAUUGUGUUUAAAAAUGUUUUUUGGGGAAAACAGGGUCCUUGGUUUAUCCGAAGGUGUUUAAUUCAGUGGUUCUCAAACUUUUUCAGCAGGAUGCCCCCUUGUGUGGGGUGAAUCCUCAAACGUAAAAUUUUUCUUAAACAUUUUGAAUCGUACCAAAAACUAAUGAAUCUGUACAAUGGCGGAACAUCAAUUCUGUUUGAAGUCUUAUUUCUCUGAGGUUGAAUAUACAACAUUUUUGAAAUUCUACAUUUCAUAAAACACACUAGUACAUCAACGAAGGAUUUGGUGAUGUGCUGCAAAAAUUUAUAUUUUUUCACAUUUCUAUACAUUUAUCAUAGUUGGCAAUCCUGAUAUACAGGUAAAAAAAGUAAAAAAAAAAAAAAAUUUUAUCUAGAUUAAUCAUAGAAUUUCUAUGCGGCCCCACUAGCGACAUCUGGUGGCCACUCAUGGGACCGCGGCCCCCAGUUUGAGAACCACUGGUCUAAUUCACUUUGAUUUUGACUGAUUGCAAGAAAUAAUAUCAGUAGUACAGUAAAUAAAAAGGCUAGAAUUAAUAUAGUAAUAUAAUCAGGAUACAAAAACAUGUCUUCCUGCCCUCUCCGGGGCACAUGGAGAAAUUUUUGCAGGGAAUCAAAUUUGCCUCGGUCUGGGACGCGUCUCAAUCUGCUUUCUAGGCCGCGUUUACUUUAUUGCUUUCUUUAUUGUUAAAUCUCAGAAAUAUAUGACUGAUACACUAUAUAAACAUGAUCUUGACUCCACCUGGAAA